UCGUUUCCAGCCUUAGGACUGUUUUGACGUCCUACUUAUAAUAAAUGUACACCAUGCUACAAAACGGUCUGGCCUAAUGUGUUCUUGACACGAACAGUAAAUUUCGAGGAAAUGAAGUCCAGUGUGAAGUUUCCUUUAUGAUGGUGGCGUAAAUUUGGUGAAAAUGAAGAAUCAAAAAUUUAAUUAUGGAAAAUGCUAAACGUAGUGCCUUAAUAUCUUCCUAUUGUACAAAAUAUCCUGUGAGUCCAAAUAAAUCGUCCAAUCAUUCAACGGUUCCAUAAAAUCUGUCCAAAGCUUAAUGUACAAAGAGACUUAAAAACUGGUUAAUAAGUUGUUGAAAUUACCACAAUAUAAAUAUUAAGGGCUAAAUAAAUAUCUAAAUUUCGAGUAAUGUUACUACACUUUUGGCCUGUCAUUGUGAAAUUAGUUCGAAAACCAAUGAAUUGUUGAAUUAAAAUCAUAAAGUAGCCAAUUCGGUGGAGUGGAUGCUGUGGUCAGCAAGAUGUCCGUUUGGGUGGGGAGAGGAGGCGAAGACCGGGCGGAGCCAGCCGGUCCAACGUCCUCCACUCUCUUGUCGAAUAACACCUCCAUGGAAUCUGGGAUUGAAGCCGGGGUAUUACCCACAGUCACGGGAUCCUUGGCAUCAGCACGGGAUUCUUUGGGUUCUUUAUCACGCGCCGCAGAACCUCUCUAUGAUACAGAUCACACAGAUCUUGGUUCGGAAUUGGACGAGGCGGAAAUACGAAGGGAGUUGAUGCACGAUAAAUGGCGGCUACUUUUCGAUCGAUUCGAUCCAGAGGGUUUCGGCGAGAUCCCGUGGCCUGACUUUCUACAAACACUUCAACAUCCUGAUUUUAUAGCACAGGUCCCGACUCAUAAAAGAGAGAUCCUUUUAGAUAAAGCUCAAUGUUCGAAAACUAGUGCUAUAACAUUCCAGGAGUUCGUGAAUGUGAUGAGUGGAAAGCGCACCCGCAGCUAUAGAUGCGCAGUUCACCACCGAGAUCGUGAAAUCAGCUCGGAAAACGAUUUCAAGCUUUUACUAGAAGAUCCAACAUUAUUCGCCAGGAUGGUGCACAUAGUAGCGAUGGGCAUGCUCCCCGAGGAACGAGAUCGGAAGUAUUAUCAGGAGCGCUACACGUGCUGCCCACCGCCAUUCUUUAUCAUCUGCGUUACACUGUUAGAGUUGGGUGUGUUCGCGUGGUACGCGUGGGGAGCAGGCGGCGUGGCGGCUGCGGCAGGUCCGGUCCCUGUCGAUUCUCCGCUGGUGUACCGUCCCGACAGGAGACGAGAAGUGUGGAGGUUCCUGACGUACAGCGUCGUCCACGCCGGAUGGCUGCACCUGGCCUUCAACCUACUAGUGCAAUUGGCCGUUGGAUUGCCUCUCGAGAUGGUGCACGGCGCGGUCCGUUGCGCCGCGGUGUACAUGGCCGGCGUGCUGGGCGGUUCGCUGGCCGCGUCCGUACUAGACCCGGACGUUUGUUUGGCGGGCGCGUCCGGCGGAGUGUACGCGUUGCUCGCGGCGCACCUAGCGAACGCUCUACUCAACUUCCACACGAUGCGGUACGGGGCCGUGAGGCUCGUCGCCGCCCUGGCGGUGGCCUCGUGCGAUGUCGGAUUUGCGGUGCACGCGAGGUACACGAAGGAGGUGCCGCCGGUGUCGUACGCGGCGCACGUGGCGGGCGCGCUGGCCGGGCUCACCAUCGGGCUGCUGGUGUUGAAGCACGCGCAGCAGCGGCUGUGGGAGCGGCUGCUGUGGUGGGCCGCGCUGGGAGCGUACGCGGCGUGCACGUUGUUCGCGGUGCUGUACAACGUGCUCGGCCCGCAGCCGGACCGUCUGCACUACAUGCCGCCCGAGCCGCCCCCCGACGCCGGCUACUGACCGCACUCGUACUAAACAUAACGCGAUCGAUAUAAGAAUAGGACGACGACCUCUGACAUUACAUCAUGAUUAUGAUUUGCAAGAGAGAAUAUAAUAAAGCUGUGAUUUCGUUUAAAUAGUUUGGUUAGAUGCACGAAGGUCGAUGAUCCUAUUCUUGGUCCGAUCGGAUCACGGGUCCCGUCGUCGAUGUCGCGUUUCGUGUGACGUCAUUUUCCACAAUAGAGCUAUAGAGCAGGGUUGGACCCGCUCGCCGCCGACGCGACACUCACAACACGCCUAGUCAAUUUACCUUAGUGUGAUUCGCUGUAAGUAGUAUUAUAUUGGGGGAGGUCGCUCGCUGCGUCGUCAUUUUACACGUAUCGUAUUCCGCUUGUAUUGUGUAUUUACGUUUUCGUUUCGACCUCCUCGCAAUACGUAAUUGUUAAGUAGUAUUAAUUCGUAUUUGGAUAGGUGAAAUAUUUUUGUACCUACUGUCCGUAGUGUGUAGGAUGAAGGCGUUACCGCGACAGAGCACGUUACGUACCAAUGUUGACUGGCCAGUGAGAACGUACGCAGUCUCGUU